AAAAUUCAUCGGUGCGAGAACGCUUUCACUACAGCAAAAAUAACUUUUCACAAUGCAGCUCCUUUUCGUGGCGACCUUUGCCGUCGUUCUGGCUUGCGUGUAUGGCCAAGCGGCCAACAGUGUCAUCGUGGCGCAAGCGCAGGCCAUCGUGGCGUCGGCGACGAAGAUCCAGGGCGAAUCCGGCAACACUAACGCGGUGUACACAGAUAUGGGCGACAUUAUGACGGCCGUGGCCAACAUCGGCGACGCCCUCGUUCAGUCCAAUACCAAACUCAGCGGUCGCGCUUUCAACGGAUUAUCCUUGGCCGGAGGUAUUCUGAACGGUAUCGGUGGCGCUCUCACCGCAGCUGGCAAAUCCUAAACCUGUGCAUCCGAACCACAUUCCGGCAUACGGGACGCAACCUGCUAAGGAGCCAUCCGUUUGUGAAAACAGAACUUUUUCUCGAUUUCAAUGUAUAUUUUUUAUGUUUACGAUACAAUAACUAAAGUUUAGCAUAGAAAUGCAUUCCAAUGUGUGUUAAGAAUCGCUUUGCGCCAUUGA